GACAACAUCAUUGAUAUUGGAACUAACUGUCUGUAGUUAUUCAACAUUACGAUUAAGAGAGCAUACAACGAAAUAACAAAAUUUCAUAAACGGAAAAAAAUAUUAAAAAAACUUUAAUUAAAAAAACAACAACAAAAUGUUUUUUUGUGCAAAACUCUAUAUUUUAAUAAUAUUAACAAUAUUUUCAUCACUACUGAUAAGUGUAAAUGACGCAGUAGACAAUGACAAAAAACAAGAUCCCAAAUGUUUAUUACCCAUGGAGCCUGGCCCUUGUCGCAUGAGUUUAGAUCGUUUUUAUUAUAACGCCCAGACAGAUACGUGCGAACAAUUUAAAUUUGGCGGUUGUAAGGGAAAUGAUAAUAAAUUCGGUUUUAAACAAACUUGCGAAGCAGCUUGUAAAAAAUCAACAACAACUACAGCAACAGCAGCAGCAGGAAAAUCUACAGCCACCUCAACAACCACCGAGUCUAGCCGAUUUAUUAAUAAACAAUUGAAAUCAGAUACUUUAAAAACAUUGGCCACAAGUGCUGCUGUAGCUUCCACAACAACUCCAAAACCAUUGGCAGCACGUACCACAGUCAAAACUAAAACUACCACAGCAAGAAGCGGAACAACUACUACACAAAAAUCAAAUAAUCGUUUUUAAAAUGGUUAAUAAAACAAACUACAUCAAACUAAAUAAUGAAUGAGCUCUAUACGAUGAAUUAGAAAAUACCUGUAGUAAAUUUAAAAUAAAUUCAAAUCAAAUUGUUUGUAUACAUUAA